AUGUCGCGGAUAGAGAUCACUUCAGACCCCAACCUUGUGGUCAGCGGCCGAGGCAUGAUUGCAAGGCAACAAAUCGAGCGAGGCACCCUUAUUCAUACAGAACUGCCUCUCAUUAUGGUAAAAGUCGAGCGAAGCAAGGCCACGACAGGCGGUGCUUUGCACCAGUUCUAUCAGUCCCAGGAACAUCCCAAUAGCAGAGUGCUCAUAGAUGCUGUCAACGCGCUCUCAGCACCGGAAAUAAUUGCGUUUGGCAACCUGGCUGGAUCAGCGCCCAUUGCAGGUGCUCCACCCCUUACCCAAAGGCAGGACAUCGUAGCACGCUUCAGGCACAACGCGUGGGGUAUUAAGGGGGAAAAUACGUACCUCGUGGUCUAUGACAUGCUCAGCUCACUCAAUCAUUCCUGCGUGCCCAACGCGGUUGUGGAUAUCUGGAACGGAGACCCUAACGGCGACAUAACAGCACCACUAGGUCAAGAAAUCCGUCGCCGCAUCGAGAGGAUGGAAGUGUACAUCCAUCUGUUGCAGCACCUGGGCGUAUGGGAUGCGGAAGUUUCGGAAGCUCAGUCGGACUACCGGAAAGCCAUGUCGGCAGCAGCCACUGGAUUGAACGUUCAAAAGUACUUAUACAGUGACGAAGGCGCCGUGGCUUUGAAGCAGGAGCUAGGGGCCGAAUCGGCCAAGUGUCAGGUCAAUGAUUCGUCGCUUAUUCAUCACAUCACCGGUACUGGUAGUAACUAUCCCUUGUAUUAG